AUGGCGGCUACACACGAUCCCGACUCCAAGAAAGGCGGUACGCUCGAGAUUGAACAUGAUGAAAAGUCGGUCAAGGGCGAGGCCGUUGUCUCUGGCGAUUACUCCGGCGCCCAUGAGAAGACGGAUCCGGCUGAAAUUGCCCUCGUUUGGAAGCUAGACCGCAGGAUCAUGCUCGACCGUAAUGCUCUCCCGCAAGCUCGACUGAACACGCUGGAGGAAGAUUUGGGACUCAAAGGAGUCGAAUACAACACUGCCAUCUCUAUUCUUUUCGUUGGAUACCUUCUGAUGCAAGGUCAGUCAAUGUUCUGA